GGUGUUUUCAAUGAGUCAGGCAUAUUUAUGUCUAUCUGUAGGCAUGGUUUCUCGCUUGUCAUAGCUGACAUGGUCCAAAGUGGAGAGCAAGCAAAGUACCCUCUAGCUGUGGUCUCGAAACUUCUCAGUACAUUUGGCAGCGACCUUGGAGGAGGUUACAAAAUUGGCUGUCGCUUUAAGGCUACAAUCAGCCGCAGUUCACUAGGUCAACAUGCACAGGAACUCAAUCAUACAUCCCUCAUUGGUGCCUUCCAUGGACAUGCAUACCAACGCCUUUGUCAACUCAAUCAUCUGGCAACUUAUGUUGAAGGCUUGGUACUAGAGGACCUGGAAGGCUGUGAAUGCACAUUCUCGAAGUCCAAUGCCCUGGCCUCAUGUGUGCGAUAUGCAAGUGUCUGUCACUGGCGUCAAGCUAUUGCCAAUUAUUUUCAGCACAAUGACGAUCAUGAAAUCUAUGCAAAUCUUAGUGAGUUGUUGGUUUGGUGGCAUAUUAUUUUUCAAUUAACACAAUAUCCCAGGCACAUUUCUACAUAA